GUCAUCAAUCAUCAACAUCGUCCCCCGCAUGGAUUGAUUUCUCCAUAUCAAUUUCAUCGACAAAACAGACAGCAAGCCACCUAAAAACUUCCUAUCUACUGAAGAUUCAUUAGUGAUCAUGCAGAUGCAAGAUUCCCAGCUUAGGAAUUGUUUGCGACAAGCAUUUUUUGCUCCUCGGCUGCUGCUUCUCGUGCUACUAAUAUGUGGUAUUGUUUCCAGCACGAACGCAAAACCAGGCCCGAAUUCAAUGUUGUUGCGGGUAAGAUUGGCUGAUGGUUCAAUGGAACGAGUCCAAGUCGAGGAAGGAAAGGAAGAUACGUUGACACUAGAAGAUGUUCUGAAACCAUUUGGUGUCUCCGAUGAUGCAUCCAUCACCAUUGGUACGAGUAAGGAAACUGCGAUUAGGGAUUCUUUCUUAGCGAAUCUUGGCGUUCGAAACGGAAGCAUGAUUACGGUCAUGGCUCCCAAAGAGAAAGAAUCUGGGAAUGGUACUACCAAACCAACCAGUAGAUUUGCUAGUCGCAAAGCUAGUGCGUCCAAGGUUGGAGGAUGGAACCCCUACCCAGAUCUUGCCAAGGACUACGACUCGGUGGUUAUUGAAGCUCAAAAGAGACGUGCCUCUCGACAGAGCAUGUCAUAUGAUGCUAUUUCCAAACUCCAAUCGUCUCUUCACGUCGUCGAUCCACAAAAAGAAGGGCCACUGCUACGGGUUUAUAUGUGUAGGGUUUCGGCGGAAAGAUUUUAUUCCAACGGAGUUGUCACAGCAUCCAAAUCGAAAAAGAAACAGCAAGGCCCAACAUAUAACUGCCGGGCCGGAUUGUUGCUGGGGACAAUCCAAAAGGAACGUGUCGACCAACGGCCCAAAAAGGCGAGGACCUCGCUUUCGAGUCAAACGGCUGAUUCAGAAUACUGCAAGGUUGCCAAGAUCCAGGCUAUAUGGGAGCCACCAGGACAGAAACCUUCAUCUGAUAAGCUUUAUGAUGCCAAACUAGCUGCGUCUCUAUUGGAUAGCAGCAAAAAGCGGAUGAAAACCAUUGCCAACCAUUUAGGUUUGGUGCCGGUGGGUUGGAUUUUUUCGUAUCAAGACGAUCGAUUAAAAGAGGAGAACUCCUUUUCAACAGAAGGCCCUCAAGCUCUGUUUGGUUUGGAUGUAACUAUCGGUGCAAAGCUAAAGAUUCAAAAUAUGGAGGACCGCCGGGCUAUCAAAGAAGAUGAUGUGGAUCUCCAGGGGGACCGAUUCGUCACGCUGGCGAUGGACGCCACUUCCGGCGCUACCGAGGCCUUCCAACUGAGCGACGUCUGUGUCCAAAUGGUUCACGAGGACAUGUUUCAAAAGCUGACAGAAACUGACGGUACGUCGGAAAUAACGAAUCCACCUAUCGUCCCCGUGCGCCAUGCAGUUUUGGUCGAUGGCCGGGAAACCAAGCUUCUCGAUUCUGUCCUUUGUUUGGUCAAUACUGCUCUCUUGAGUCACGUCGGGAGCUACAGUGGACACGUCACAGGCAGCUCCGUUUCCGUAAAAAAGAUUAAUGGCUCUCUUACCAACAAGACUAAAAAAUUGUUGCUCAAGGCCCUCGAGUCGUCGGAUGCGAACGACUUUUUGCAAGAAAUUUGCGACUUCAAUAUCUUGAUGGCUCUGGACCAGUUGCUAUCUCAAUCGCAAGUCAAGUCCUCGAAUAACGAUGACCAUGAAGCUGAUAUGGAAAUCCUGUGCGGCCUCGUUCGAAAAUGGGCCCGAGGGCAAAAGAAAGGGACUGCGAUCGAUCCGAAAUUCAAACGAAAACUACAGACGUAUUUGAGUACAUAGUUCAAGUUAUCUUCUGGGAAAAGGAAUUGAUUUUUUAGGCAAAUUAAAUGAUAAGCAUUACAAAAUUCUUUGGACUACAGAAACCAAAGUCUAUAAAGUCUCACAUCUUCCAUCCCCUGGCCGAAAGCAUUACUACCAUCAAAACAAUGACGUGUAGCUUGAGUAUUGGAAGAUUCAUGAUUAUCACUACACACUUAAAGCGAACAAU